UCGCUAGGUUUGCCGAACCAAUCACCCUUAGGGGACACUUUAAAGAGAGAGAGCCUUCUUCAAAAUUCUCAUUUCUUCAAAUCUUCUUCUGGAAGCUUCUUCAAUGGCGAUUACAUCUUCUAGAACAACCAGAUCAAACGGAGGACAUGCGCUCCGUUCCAAAUCACCGUCGGGACGAUUCUGCGGCGUUUACUCAAACGGUUCAUCGUCGUCUUCAGGUUUCGCUUCUUCCACAAGCUCGAGUUUCUCGUCUCCGUCGACGGCGUUUUUCAGCAGCCGCAAUCAGAACAACAACCACCACAGAUCUGCUUCCCCGACGCGUGUGAAUCUCUUCACAUCAGCUCCGAUGACGCAAUCGUUUCGUUAUUCGAUCGAUAACAGAUCUAUAUCACCAAACCGAUCCAUCGCCGUUUCGUCUAAUAAGCAAAGCAAUCAUAAGAUCCCGGAUUCGAGGAGGAGAUGUAUGUGUUCUCCGACGACGCAUCCCGGUUCGUUCCGGUGUAGUCUUCACAAAAACGUAGCGAAUCCUCACGGUCAAGGCGCGGCGGCGUAUCCGACGAAUAGUUUGAAUAUGCGUAGAUCUGCUAUGACGAAUUCGCUGGUGAGAAUCGGUGGUGUCGAAGGUGAAUGGGUGAGAAGAGCUUUAACCACGUUGAUACGACCGUCGUCACAUCAACUCAAGAGACGAGCUGCGUAUGAGCCUCGCCGUAGCAGACUCGCGUCCAUGUCAAAAGCAGAAGAUCUAUAAGGAAAAAAAAAAAUCUCUGGUUGUUUUCAGGUUUGUUCUUGUUUUUUGAAAUCGGGCCACAGGAAAAAAAAUAUUCGUUUCUGGAUGAGCUUUAGAGAUCCCAUCAAGAUCCACGGCGGCGAGGGAAUAUUCUCAGAUCUGCCAUGAACGAGUCGAAAUCGGAGCUGAGUUUUGUAAAAACGGUGAAAGGGAAACGACACCGUUUUUGUUUAGUUGGGUUGAAGGAUGAUGAUGAUGAUGAUGAUGCAUUUGUACAUAACCACAUAUUGCUUAUUGAAGCAGAGUAAACAAAUUUCGCAAAGUCGAAAGUAUCUAAAAAAAGAAAUUGGAAAAAUAGUAUAGUGACGAAUUGGGUAAUUAAAAUCUGGAAAAGGACUUAGUAGCAAUUCAAUUUUUUUUUGUUGCAAUUCUUCACUUUCCAUCGUUUUGCCUUGCCUUCACUGU